AUGGGUGUUGCGGUACGAUAUGUGGAUAAGAAUGGAUGUCUCAAUGAACGUCUUCUUGGUAUUGUGCAUGUCAGUGAUACGGUUGCAACCACACUUGAGAAGGCACUUGAUUCUUUGUUAUCGACUCAUGGUUUAAGUGUAUCAAGUUUGAGAGGUCAAGGAUAUGAUGGUGCAAGCAACAUGAGAGGAGAAUUCAUUGGGUUGAAAAGUUUGAUUCUCAAGAGAAAUCCUAGUGCUUAUUAUGUGCAUUGUUUUGCACAUCAGCUUCAACUUACAAUUGGUGUUGUUGCUAAAAAACAUACAAGUAUUGGGUCUUUUUUUAAUUCUGUCACCCGUUUGUGUAAUAUUGUUGGAAGUUCAUGUAAGCGCAGAGAUGUGCUACGAGAAAGUCAAAGAGCGAAGGUUGUUGAAGGGAUUGCAAGUGAUGAAAUUAAUACCGGAAGAGGAUUAAAUCAAGAGAAGUCAUUGACACGACCCGGAGAUACUCGUUGGAGUUCGCAUUAUGGUACUCUCAUCAACUUGAUGCAUUUAUUUUCUUCUAUUAAUGAUGUUCUUGAGUAUGUUGGGGAGAAUGGUUAUGAGGACGCACAUAGGGCUGAAGCUUUGGAUGUGCAAGAAAUUCUAAAUCAUUUUGAGUUUAUCUUUGUGUUGCAUCUUAUGAGGAAACUCUUGGGAAUUACACAUGAUCUCUCUCAAGUUCUAUAA